UGAUUUACACUUUCUGGAGAGGUGCGAGUACAGUUUGUCCUUUACUGUUGCCUUAUCACGUGGGAUUCCACUAUGAAACUAUAUUGAAUGUUUGAUUGGGAUUAGUGUUCCAAUUUACAAGAUUCUUUAUAUAGACUAUAGAGUACAAAAAGGUGCAAUUGUUUAUACCCAUUAGGGGAAUCUACUCAGAAUUUCAUAAAACAUAAGCGAGCAGGUGACACUGGAACACUCAAUUAUACUGUAUAGAGCCAAGAUUGGAACCGGAAUUUGCAAGAGAAAUGGCUCUCAAGCUCCUCACUCUUAUUGCUUCUCUUUGCUUCAUGUCUUGUUUUAUGGUGAUCAACUCUCAGAAAGAUGUAUAUGACCCAAUCACCAAAACCAUGGAGGAGUUUUCGGGGUACCCAGUUCAUGAGCCACAUUUGCAGGAUUCUUUUACUUCACUUUCAGUAGACACUGAAAGCCUGCAGAGACAGAUUGAGGAGCUAUCAACUUUCUCAGAUAGUCCUGCACCCUCAGUUACAAGGGUCCUUUACAGCGAGAAGGAUGUAUCUGCAAGGAGGUACAUUAAAAAUUUGAUGGCACAUUCUGGACUUGCUGUCAAAGAGGAUGCUGUUGGGAACAUUUUUGGUCGAUGGGAUGGUUAUGAGCCUGAGCUCGCUCCUGUUUCUACAGGUUCUCACAUAGAUGCUAUACCAUACUCCGGGAAGUAUGAUGGAGUAAUUGGUGUCCUGGGUGCUAUAGAAGCCAUUAAUGUACUAAAACGGUCAGGUUUUAAGCCUAAGAGGUCUCUGGAGGUGAUCUUGUUCACAUCAGAAGAGCCUACACGGUUUGGAAUUAGUUGCCUGGGAAGCCGCCUGUUAGCCGGAAGUCAAGAACUGGCAGAACUUCUUAAGACAACAGUGGAUGGUCAGAACAUAUCAUUUCCCGAUGCUGCAAGAUUUGCUGGGUACGAGAAUGCUAAGGACUUGUCUAGUGUUUUUCUACCUAAAGGAAGCUAUUCGGCUUUCAUUGAAUUGCACAUCGAGCAAGGUCCAAUUUUAGAAGAGGAAGCUAUACCGAUUGGUGUUGUGACUGCCAUCGCUGCUCCAGCAAGCAUUAAGGUGGACUUUGAAGGCAAUGGUGGUCAUGCCGGAGCUGUUCUAAUGCCAAUGAGAAACGAUGCUGGACUUGCUGCUGCAGAGCUUGCACUUGCGGUUGAGAAACAUGUAUUAGACUCGGGAUCCAUUGACACUGUUGGAACAGUUGGUAUUCUGGAGCUGCAUCCUGGAGCAAUAAACAGCAUUCCGAGCAAAGCACAUCUUGAGAUUGACACUCGUGACAUAAACGAGGCAAGAAGAAACAAUGUCAUUGAGAAAAUCCAUAAUUCUGCACUCAACAUAUGUAAAAAGCGUAAUGUGAAGCUAUCAGAAUUCAAAAUUGUCAAUCAAGAUCCACCUGCUCUGUCGGACGACUCGAUUGUAAAGGCAACAGAAUCAGCUUGUCAAGAACUGAACUUGUCCUACAGGAAGAUGAUCAGCAGAGCCUAUCACGAUUCACUGUUCAUGGCCAGAAUAUCUCCAAUGGGCAUGAUCUUCAUACCAUGCUAUAAAGGAUAUAGCCAUAAGCCUGAAGAAUUCGCUGCCCCUAAGGACAUUGCGAAUGGGGUCAGAGUAUUAGCACUUACACUUGCUAAGCUGUCUCUUUCCUGAUGCACUUUAGUAACAAUGUAUGUAGAAGUUACACAUAUUUCGUGCAUCUGGUUACAUAUUUCAACUUCGGAUCGAUGCUUGAUUCAGACAGAAUAAACUAGGCAAAGUUUAAACUCAUCAAAGUUAAAAUCGUUAUAGAAGACAACCUAACCGUCACAAAACGUUCCUUUCAUAAGAGAACGCUCACACCGGAC